CCCGGCCCAGACCUUUGCUCCGGACCAUCGCGCCCCAGAGGCUCCGGGAAUCGAACCUGCCCCGUCCCCAGCGCCCACGAUGACUACCACCCUCGUGUCCGCCACCAUCUUCGACUUAAGUGAAGUUUUAUGCAAGGGUAACAAGAUGCUCAACUACAGUACCCCAAGCGCGGGGGGCUGCCUGCUGGACAGGAAGGCGGUGGGCACCCCAACCGGUGGAGGCUUCCCCCGGAGGCAUUCGGUGACCCUGCCCAGCUCCAAGUUCCAUCAGAACCAACUUCUCAGCAGCCUCAAGGGCGAGCCAGCCCCGAGCCUGAGCUCCCGGGACAGCCGCUUCCGAGAUCGCUCCUUCUCCGAGGGGGGUGAGCGGUUGCUGCCCCCCCAGAAGCAGCCUGGCAGCGGCCAGGUCAACUCGAGCCGCUACAAGACGGAGCUGUGUCGCCCCUUUGAAGAGAACGGGGCCUGUAAGUACGGGGACAAGUGCCAGUUCGCACAUGGCAUCCACGAGCUGCGGAGCCUCACCCGUCACCCCAAGUACAAGACGGAGCUCUGUCGCACCUUCCACACCAUCGGCUUCUGCCCCUACGGGCCCCGCUGCCACUUCAUCCACAACGCCGAGGAGCGACGCGCCCUGGCCGGAGGGGCCCGGGACCUCUCGGCCGCCGACCGACCCCGCCUGCAGCAUAGCUUUAGCUUUGCGGGGUUCCCCAGUGCCGCCACCGCCGCUGCCACCGGGCUGCUGGACAGCCCCACGUCCAUCACCCCACCCCCCAUCCUGAGCGCCGACGACCUCCUGGGCUCGCCCACCCUGCCCGAUGGCACCAAUAACCCCUUCGCCUUCUCCAGCCAGGAGCUGGCAAGUCUCUUUGCCCCUAGCAUGGGGCUGCCCGGGGGUGGUUCCCCCACUGCCUUUCUCUUCCGACCCAUGUCCGAGUCCCCUCACAUGUUUGACUCUCCCCCCAGCCCCCAGGAUUCGCUCUCGGACCAGGAGGGUUACCUGAGCAGCUCCAGCAGUAGUCACAGUGGCUCAGACUCCCCGACUUUGGACAACACAAGACGCCUGCCCAUUUUCAGCAGACUUUCCAUCUCAGAUGACUAAAGCAGGGUAGGGAGGGACCCCCCCUUACCCCACCUGGACCCCCUUCUUGUCCUCUUCCCCCCCCCUACUGUCCCUUUGCCUUCCCAAGGACCCUUCCAUUAACAAGGUUAAGCUCAGCCCCUCUUUCUCCGAACCUCAGAAUGCCUCUUCUCCUUCCUCCCUUGGCCCCCCUCCACCCUCCUUUUAACUCCCCUAACAUAAGGACGAGUCAUUUUGUCAGUAGUUUCCUUCUGGCUUGAAACCCCCCGCCCGCCCUUCCAGUUUAUAGCCCACUUAACCAGUAACAAGACAAGGCCCAUAUUUCUCAAGUUAGAUGCCUUUUGUCCCCCCCCCUCGGCUUAAGCCUCUUAAGUGCCAAAUCACAAAAGAAAAAGUAGUAACCGUUUACAGAAGAGAAGCAACUUUAGUGCCUUGUAAUCUAACUGUCACUGUGACUACAUUUACCUCUUGAGCGCCAGAGGGCACCCGUGGGUCUCCCAGAGCCUCUGCCCAUGGAUUGGGGUUUGGGGAGGGGGGGGGUACCCAGAACCAGCAGCUCCCUCAGCUGGCGUUGGUGACACAACUGCACCUUCCCUUACACACCUCUUCCUCCCCUUCUCUUCCCAGGACCCCCAACCCCUUACAUCCAUCCCCUUGGGAGCAUUGUUGCCUGACUUGUUUUUUUUUUUUAUUUUGGGGUGGGGGGGAACUUAUCUUGAUAUUGAGAAAAACAAACUGUUUUCUUCCUGACCUGAACCUCUUGACUAGUCUUGCCUGGGUUCACGUAGGUCUACCGGAAGGAAGGCUGAAAAAAAAAGGACGAAGAUUGUGACUUGAGUGGGGCUUGGCGAUUUAAUUUUUUUUUUCUUUCUGUUUUAAAGUGGGGAGGAAGGGGAAGCUAGAAUGGACUAUGAGAGACUUGAUUUUGGUGCUAAAGUUCCCCAGUUUAUAUGUGACAUCUUAAAAGAAAAAAAACAACAAAAAAUAACAGCAAAAUGAGAGAAAAGCUUAAAAAAAUAAAACAAACCACAUAAGGGGUGAGCAGUUAAUGGUAUUCAUUCCACAUACAUUAUCUGUGUAAAAGGAUUUCCCGUAGAAGUAGCUUUAAUGGUUUUUGCUCUAGAAUACCGUAGGUCUAUCCUUAGAGCAUUCACGCCAUGCUUUUUUUCCCUGGGUUUUAAACUUCAUAUAACUUUCAGAAAUUGGAGAGCAAAAAUUUUGCUUUUGUCACUGCACAUCAAUAUAAAAAAGCUUAUUUAACUUAUCAAAACGUAUUUAUUGCCAAACUAUGCUUUUUUUUGUUAAUUUUGUUCAUAUUUAUCGGGAUGACAAAUCCAUAGAAUAUAUUCUUUUAUGUUAAAUUAUGAUCUUCAUAUUAAUCUUAAAAUUUUGUGACGUGUCUUUCCUUUUUUUUUCCACAGUUUUAAUAUAUUAUUCUUCAACGACAUUUUUUGUAACUUUACACUUUUUUUGGUUAUUUUAUUUUAAAAAAAUGAAAAAUUAAUUUAAAAAAAUGCAAAAAACUGUUGGAUUAUUUAUUUUAGAAAUUUCCCCCCUUUGUGUUGGACUGCAAAUUGAGUUUCUUUCUCUGUAGGCCUUUCACAUCUAGGACUGAGAAUGUAUGUAAAAGUUCUGUGACAGUACAGAAGGAAAACAACUUUAUAGCUUCUAAAAGGGAAAAAGAAAAAAGAUUAAAAAAAAAAAACCCUUUGAGUUGUACGUGCCCAUCUUGAGACAUUCCGAUCGCUGAUUUUGAGGUUCUGGAUUCCGAGUUUGGAGUUUUCCAAUGUUAAUGCCAACAGAACUGGCACACAGAUUUAAGAUGAAUGUAAUUAUUAUUCCUCUUGCUGGUCACUACCUUUGCUUUCUUAUUUUCUCUUUCUUUGUGUGAAUUUAUUUAAAAGAAAACCUUUUUGUAACGACUAUUUGCAGUUUAAAAAUCAAUAAACCCCUUUUUUUUU